UUUGCACGCAGUACGUUGUGACGGAUUCGGUAACUCACGGUUGGGCCUGAUGGGGAUAACACAUGGCGUUUUUUUUUUUUUUUUCUUUAUUGCGGAGGAGCACGGGGAGGCGAAUUUCUGGGCAUGUUGGCAUUCUCUUCUUCCUAUGGCUUUCGCCCCUCUGCCCUUGUCCUACCUUCCCAUACCCUGUAUACUACACUGAGCACAGAGAGAGCUUGGAGGUUCGCAUUGCUGCGUUUCCACACCUUCCAUUCCCCCUUUCGCAGGACAGAAAGAACAACACAUUCUUCUCUUUCUUCCACCUCUUCCUCUUUCCUUUUUCUUUUUCCUCUACUUCUCGGUACACUACUUUUUCCUUCCCUUUUUUACAAUUCGACCUUAAUAUUCCCGGGCGGCGUGGUCUUUGAGGAAACACGCUGGUGCCGUCGACGUUUCCACCACUUUUUACUCACUUCCGCACUUUCCACACAUUCGCUCGCACGCAUCCGGCAUCAUCGAACGCGCAUUGCGAAAGACAGGGCGAAAACACGCAAAGGAGACAAGGGCGGGCUUGUUCUGAUUUGACUAGGUUGACCAUUAUGCACCCAGGCCCCAUCCGCAUUUGUACUGUACUGCACUGCGUUGCACUGCACUGCAUCAUUGUCUUUUGUCAGGACCUCAUAUGAAACCCCCUUCCGUUCCCCCAUCAUCCCCUCUUCACCUAAUAAUAAGCACCAUCCCCCAUGUUGCUGC